AUGGAUGCCGGACUCCGACUUCAAGCGCCUGGGCUCGACGGAGCUCAACAAACCUCAACGCAUCUCAAGAUGCGCUGUUUUCCACGUGGGCUCAGCAGAUGUGCCAAACCUCGCAGACGAUCUAGGAUCUACAACUCCGAGGACGAGGAAGCCGGCCCAUUGAAGGGCAAGAUGAAGGACAACGGCCUCGUUGACUUCACCUACGAGGUACACCUCUACUACGAGCCGCAGUGA